UCCAGUACGAGCCCCACCCAUCAAGAAAGACAGCAAAAUGGAUGAACAUGGUCUCCCCAUAGUUGGGGCAGGAUUAGACUAUCAGAAGGUAGAGUCACUCAACCACAGGCAGACUCUAGUGAUGCUCAACAAGUUUGUGAUUCAUACAGCAAAGUUUCUGAAUCGCUUUUCAUCAGUUUGUGAAGAAAGGCUGUUAGAUAUAUCACUAAGGAUACAAAGACUGGACGUGUCUCUGAAUAUACUGGAAGCUAAACUGAAUUCAAUAUCCAGUCUUGAUGGUAUCCAAGCAACCACUCAAUACCAACCCCCAGAGGUACUAGCUAGUGCUGGUAGUGCCCCGCCCGCUCCUCAACCUGUCAGCCAGCCUGCCGCACCUGCUACUGGACCAGCCCCACCCCCUUCGUCUGGUGGGGCGGAGCCUAUACCACCGCCUCAGGCAACUGAAGGAGAGGAAACUGGAGCUGCUGGAGGAGGGAUGAAGAUAAAGGAUCAUCCUGACUUUCAGAGGUUCUUUAAAAUGAAGAGACUCGGAGUCAAUCCAUUGCAAAUUGCUAUGGAGAUGAAGAAACAUGGAUUCAAUCCUGACCUACUAGAAGAUGAAGAUGCUCCUGCUCCUACAGGAGGUGCGUCUGCUCCUAAGAAAGCAGCUGCUACUACUAGAGACUCUGAUGAUUCCUCAAUGUCAGGAUCAAGUGAUGAGUCUGAUGAUGAUAGUGACAGUUUUGGCUCCGAUUGAUAGCUCAGCCAGCUGCAAUUUUAUAUACUACCAGAGUGUAAAUUAUAAGUCUAGUAUAAUUAUGUGUAUUGUAAUAUCGAAAUUAUACGUGAUCUUGUUUUUAAGUUUGCUUCUCUUUAUCACAAAAUA